UGAACGGGCACUCGGUAGUCAAUUCCUUCGCCCCCCUUCGCCUACCUCUCUCUCUCUGUCUAUCUCUCUCUCUCUCAGAUCUCGCGUCGCCCCAAGCCCUAACCCUAACCCUAGCGACCCCCGAGGGGAAGGGGGAUCGGGAUACGAGGCCUCCGGUGGCGUUGGAGGUGGCAGAUCCGGCGACCGGCGGGGGCACGCGCCGCGGCGACGGUCCGUGGGCGUGUUCGUUCACGGAUCCAUAACCGCACCUCGUAGAUGGUGACGAAACUCAUCUUUUAUGCUGAAUCCUAGCUUUACCUAUGUUUGGAGUACCUGUAGUGGUUCCUAAUAGUAGUCCUGUUAUUCGACGUGCUGGUAGCAAAGCUGUUAUUUCUGAUUACGGUUCUAGUGAAUCUGGAAUUGCAAACGAAGAAAGCUUCUUGUUUCCAUUGGAGGUAAAUGAAAUGAAGGGUGCAAGUGUUGCAAUAAUGCCUUCACCAGUAUUCUUAUGGCGAUUCAAGGUAUUAUUGUUCCUCUUAUGGGGUAUCUGCUGUUGCAAGAUUAGUUGGGACUCUGUUAUGAGAAUGAGCGCAAAUCUUCGAGAUUUAUUUCUUUACGAGGCUUUCUUGUACUAUAAUCCUCUUCUUCUUGUGACAUUGACGGUUUGGCUUUGGGGAAUUAAUCUAUGGGUUUUCUCACAAUCAUCGGUAAACUAUGCAAAAGUAUUUGAUCUUGCCCAAAAUCAUCUAACACACCGUGAAAUAUGGAAGUGUGCUACUUGGAUGACCAUUGUUGUCCCCACUAGUAUGACAGCGUACCUUUACCUCUACUCACAUGGAGAAGUAACACUUGCAGCGUCACAACCAGUUUUUCUAUAUUGCAUUGUUCUGAUGCUCCUUAUAUCUCCAUUCGACAUUUUUUACUUAUCAUCACGCUAUUACUUGUUAAGGACAUUCUGGCGCAUAAUACUUCCAAUACAGGCAAUUACUUUUUCUGAUUUCUUUUUGGCUGAUAUUAUGACGUCAAUGUCAAAGGUGUUCUCAGAUUUGGAGCGGUCAGUAUGUCGGAUGGUUAACCGACAGGUUGCAACAAUUGCUUGGUUUGAGGCAGAUUCCAUUUGUGGCAGUCAUUCUAUUGCUAUUCCUCUAGUGCUCGUCUUCCCAUAUCUAUGCCGUUUAUUCCAAUGUCUACGCCAGUACAAGGAUACUAAGGAAAAGACCUGCCUGUUCAAUGCUCUUAAGUACUCGACGGCGGUGCCAGUUAUUUUCCUUUCAGCCCUCAAGUACCAUGUCUUCCCUGAACAGUGGGUGAACUUCUACCGCCCACUUUGGCUUAUUUCUAGUGUUUUAAAUUCAUUGUACUCAUUUUAUUGGGAUAUCACCCGAGACUGGGAUUUGAGUAUUCUUUCUCGAGUCUUCAAGUUCAAGAACCCAAGUCUUAUCACAAGCUGUCUAUACGGGCGGAUAUGGAUCUAUUACUGGGUAAUCGGUAGCAACUUGGUUCUCCGGUGCACGUGGACCUACAAACUCUCGGCCCAUCUCCGGCACAACUACAUCACCGUAUUCACAAUAAUGGCUCUUGAAAUAGUGAGGCGGUUUCAAUGGAUCUUCUUCCGCGUGGAGAACGAAUGGAACAAGAUGACAAGCAAGCAAAAUAUCGAGCUCUCCACAGAUCUGCCCAAAGAGGAAGACCCUCUACUCAGCUCCGCCAAUCAUAGCGUCCACACCCACACCAGGUAGAUGCACUUAGCAUCUUUUCUACUUGUCGAAGAAGAUCAAUAUGCUUUUACUGUAGCAAAUAAUUCUUUGUUAACAUUCCAUAAAAAUAAAUAUCAGUUAAAUCUAUAUUUUAGUAUGUUACUUUUAUCAA